CGGGAUGGGAGAGGAUGGGGAGAGGAUGGGAGAGCGGGAUGGGAAGCAGGGGUGAGGAUGGGAUGGGAAGAGGGCGAGGAAGCUCAGCUGAGCGUCCUUUGGCCCUUUGGGGAGGUUUGGCAAUGAUCCCGGAGCUCUUCCCAGAAUGCGAAAUGCUUCUGAGAAACACCCAGCUGCUUCAUCAUCAGCACUGCCAGCACUGCCGGCAUUCCAGUGCCGCCAGCACUGCCGGCAUUCCAGUGCCACCAGCACCACCCGCAUCCCUCUGCUCCUGGAGGGACAAUGAACCCCACAGUGGAGGGAAAUGAGGAGUGGUAGAAGCCUGUCGGGAGAGAGGAGGCAGUUGGAGAAAGGGACAUUCCGCAGGGAACGACUGUUUUUAAUCAGGAGGAAAUGAUGAGCCAAUUGCAAAAUUCUGUUUGUGGAGUGUCUGGCAAAAGCCACUUCCUUACUGGACAAAAACAAAAAAAAAAAAAAUGAUAAAUGACUCUGUAGAAGUGGAUCGCUGACGAAGCCAAAGAUGCAAUUUCCGACUCCCCCGUGAUUCCAGCAAGCCCUGGGGAGCAAAACCGGGACAGAGCACAGAGGAGCAGGCUGAGCAGGAGUGGGGAGCUCCUGGUGAUCUGGGCACUUUCUCCUUCAUGUCCCUGACCUGCCAGGAGCCGCUUUAGGACAUGGAUCCCAAAGGAGCAAGAGGUACCAGGAAGUGCCGCUGAUCUGCACAGACCCCUUUGCUGCUGCUGCCCCACAGGGAACAGGGAGCUGCUGAGGAGUGGUGUGGUCUAUUCCUUGAUUUUCCAAGCACUGACUGCCCAUCCACUCUGACCACAGCCAGGGGCCACAUCCCACUGCCUGCCCAGCGUCCAUCCAUGGAGGUGACCACCGUGUUCCCAUCUCCUGCCUCACCCACCGAGGGAGACGAUCUCUGUGAUAUUGAUGUCACUCAUGGGGCCAUAGACAGUGUGACACUGCUCAUCUGCCUCUGUGGGCUGGCCGGGAAUGGGGCUGUGCUCUGCCUUCUCCAGAGGAACCCCAACACCUGUUACAUCAUCAACCUGGCCUUUGCCAACUUCACCUUCCUCCACUUCGCGGUCCCCUCCACCCUGCUCUACCUGCUGGAGGAAGUUUCCUGCUCCACAAUUGUGCCCCUGGUGUUCAUGAGGGCGCUUUUCCCUCUCCUGCUCUUCUCCUACAACCUGGGGCUGUACCUGCUGACAGCCAUCAGCAUUGACAAGUGCAUGUCUACCCUCUGUCCACUCUGGUACCGCUGCCACCGUCCCCAGCGUCUCUCAUGGAUGGUGUGUGCCCUGCUCUGGGCCCUCUCCAUCACUGUCAUUGUCACAAUGACUGCCCUGUGCCACUCGCAGGAGCACGAGCACUGCCAGGUGUCUCUCAUCACCAUGUACGCCCUGAACCUAUUCCUCUUUGCCCCAGCCAUGGUCAUUUCCAGCACAAUCCUCCUCAUUAAGAUCAAGUCCCAGCAGCAGCGACCCAAGAGACUCGACAUUGUUAUUUUCCUCGUUGUGCUCUUCUUCCUCCUCUUUGCUCUCCCCCUCAGCCUCUGCAAUUUCCUGCAGCAGCUCGGCUACACCACGGUGUCUUCCCAGAUUGUUUUCCUGCUUGCCUGUAUCCACAGCAGCAUCAACCCCAUCAUCUACUUCUUGGUGGGGAGGUGCAGGAGGCCCUGCUCUGUGGGGAUCCUCCGGCUCUCCCUCCAGAGGGUGUUUGAGGAGCCAGAAGAAAACACUGCCCACAGUGAUGAUCCUGCCACGGACACAGCCUUUCCAGCCUUUUGAUCCCUUCCACUGAUCUGCUGAAGGACCUUGGCAGAGUGUCUGAGGGUUGCCUUGAGUCGCCUGAUUAAUAAAUAUCUAUGGUGUUA